AAAGCUCUCUUUAUAAUUUAUUCUGUUUUUAUUUUUUAAUUCUGUUAUAAUUUUUUUUUUUUGUUCAUCAAUGGGAUUCCCUGUGGUUUACACAGACGUUUUCGUACCCAAAUUCUUCGUUCACACGCUAUCGUUUUUGGGUUUCAUCAGAAACCUAAUCCUCUCACUUUUUAAUUACCUCGGACUCUCCGAUUUCCUCGAAACCGACACCGAUUGGCCGGAAAACCCAACCCGAACCACACCUUUGAAACCGCCGGUACCCGCUCUCUUGAUCCGUGAAAUCCUACCCGUCGUUAAGUUCGAGGAACUCGCGGUGGUCGGUGGUGGUGAUCCGCCGGAGAGUUGCGCCGUUUGCUUGUGCGAGUUCGAAGGAAAGGAAGAGAUCAGGUGGUUGAAGAAUUGUCAGCAUGUUUUUCAUAGAACGUGUUUGGACCGCUGGAUGGAUCACGAUCAGGUGACGUGUCCGCUUUGUAGGACAUCGUUUGUACCUGAUGAGAUGCAAGCUGAGUUUAAUCAACGGCUCUGGGCAGCUUCAGGAAUCGUGGAUAUUUACAGUGAGUACGGUUCCGUUGCCGGGUUGUAAAUUUUGUGUUAUCCAUUUAGUUUAGUGAAAAAAUUGUACAUUAUAAAUGUACACGGAUCAAAACAUUAUCCCUUUUUUAGGCUUAAAUUUUAUAUAUUCGAAAAGAAUUAGAUAAAUUUUAGGUUAAAAAUAUGGUUUUUGGGUUCUUAAGAAUUCAAUAAAAUCCACCAUUUUAUUUUUUAUA